AUGCAUCAUUCAAGCACCCUCUCUCGCUCGGAGACUUGGUGUCUUCUCGCUCUCGUGGGGGCCGGUUUAGCGAUCCUCAAUACUACAUUCCAAGGUGAUGUAGCGCCACUAAUUGCUUCAAUUGCUCUAUGCAUCAUUGUGUUUGCGGCGGCAUUUAGCCUGAUAAGAUGGCUUGGGCCCGUAUUCCUCAAGGCAGGAUUGAAGGGCAAAGAUAUGGCAAAACCAAGUCGGCCCGAGAUCCCAGAGACUAUGGGUGCAGUUUGCGCUGUGGUCUAUCUCAUGUCUCUUAUUAUGUUCAUCCCAUUUGCCUUCUACAAGGACAUUGUAGCUGCCACAUCCGGCGGUGGAAAUCGCGAUGUUGUCAUUGAAUCGCAACAUAUUGAGAACGGUCGAUUCCUGCACCGAUUUCCCCAUGGCAAACUCGCCUCUUACCUUUCUGGUCUUUUAUCUCUACAAUCCGUCGUCAUUCUUGGGAUUGGUGAUGAUCUAUUCGACAUUCGCUGGCGACACAAAGUCUUGAUCCCCGCUUUCUCCGCGAUUCCCAUGCUAAUAGUGUACUUUGUUGACUUUGGUGUCACACAAGUCGUUGUUCCAGUGCCGCUGCAACCCUACCUAGGUGACACUGUUGACCUUGGAUGGUUGUACUACAUGUAUAUGGCAGCCGUGGCAAUCUUCUGUCCCAAUGCUAUCAACAUGCUAGCAGGCAUCAAUGGUAUCGAGGUUGCUCAAUCGCUGGUGAUCGCAGUUCAAUUAUUAUUCAAUGAUGCGAUGUACCUUGCACCUAUCGCGCCAUAUCCACACCCUGCCACCGACUCACACUUGUUGUCGAUUUACUUUCUGCUCCCAUUUAUCGGGGUUUCGGCGGCUCUGUUGUGCCAUAACUGGUACCCUUCAAAAGUAUUUGUUGGAGAUACCUACUGUUAUUUCGCAGGGAUGGUGUUUGCCGUAGUUGGCAUCCUAGGACACUUCAGCAAAACCCUGCUGCUGCUGUUCAUCCCACAGAUUUUCAACUUUGUGUACUCGAUUCCUCAGCUAUUUAAGUUUAUUCCUUGUCCUCGGCAUCGAUUACCAAAGUUCAGCCCAUCUACUGGGCUUUUGGAUGCUUCCACCACGGAGUGGACGAGUCCUCCAUCGCUGCUUAUAGAUGCUGCGCUACGUCUAUUGCACACAGCGAAUCUGGUGCGGAUCACCACAGAUGAACAAGGUCACAUUACCGAAUCCACAAACCUCACUAUCUUGAACCUUUGGUUGGUGUGGAUGGGCCCCAUGCGAGAAGACCAAUUGGCGUGGCACAUGGUUGGAGUCCAAACUGUCUGUGGAAUUAUAGGACUGUUUGUACGACACCGUCUCGCGCUACUCGUGUUCAACCACGACAACAGAGAAUUUGGGUUCGUCGCGUAG